CCACAGGCCCGGCCUGACUCAGUUCACGGCCCCCUCCCUUGACUAGAGGAGUGGCCGUCUUGGGCCCGUGGUGCCUGAGUUGAUGCCUUCUCUGUUCCCGCUUUCUAACCCUCUGUCUCCCCUCGACCUGCAGGAAGAACAAGAUGUCUAACCCCAGAGAGGAGACACCCCCCAGUGACUGCAGUGAUCCAGAGAGUGUGCCCUGUAGGCCUAGGAAAGCGAGGCAGGCCCAGGAGAGCCAUGAUGGGGACAUGCCCAGCCUCUGCCCACCACAGCUGCCAACGUCCAGCCCUCCACGAGUUCUCUCCAUGGCAGAAUUACUAGAAACAGCACAAGAAGUUUCUAAAAUGACCAUUGCACACGAGAUUGUGGUGAACCGUGAUUUCAAGUUGCAAGAGGUCAACUUCUCACCAAACAGCCUGGAAAGCCGAGUGAAGGAGACCUUGCACAAAGCUUUCUGGGACAGUCUGAAAGAACAGCUCUCUGCUAGUCCACCAGACUACACACAUGUGAUCCAACUGCUGCAGGAAAUUAAAGAGACCAUACUGUCACUGUUGCUGCCACGGCACAGCCGUCUGCGGGGCCAGAUCGAAGAAGCCCUGGAUAUGGAGCUGAUCAGACAGGAGGCUGAGCAUGGGGCUCUUGACAUCCCCAAUCUCACCAUGUACAUCUUAGGUACAAUGGCGAUGCUGUGUGCACCUGUUCGAGACGAGGAAGUGCAGAGACUACGGGGUGUGACAGACCCAGUUCAGUUGCUCAGGGAGAUUUUCCGGGUGCUAGACCUGAUGAAAAUGGACAUGGUGAAUUUUACCAUCCAGAGCCUCCGGCCCCACCUGCAGGAUCACUCCGUCCAAUAUGAGCAGAAGAAAUUCCAGGAGCUCCUUGCCAAGCUGCCCAACAGCCUGGAUCACACAACUGAGUGGUUACACAAAGCAGCAGCAGAAGUCUCUGCAUCAUCUUGGUCAUCCCCAUCCCAUCCUGAGGUCCAUGGAUCACCUGCUCCACUCUCACUGGGGGCUGUCAGCAGGAGCUCAUCUACACCAAGUCCCAUGUCUGUGUUAAACCAAGGAUACAUGAAUCUACUCCGCUGGGAGCCAGCCAUAGAGAAAUACCCUGAGACUCUGUUGAUGGACCAAGCCCGGCUGCAGGAGGUACAGUUGCAAGUGAAUCAGCUAACAAUCCUAGCUGCAGUCCUGCUAGUGUCCAGCAGUGUGUGUGGAAGCGCCUUGUUCAGCUCGCCUGGGUUUGUAGAUAGGCUGAAACGGGUAACAAAGGCCCUCUUGGAAGGGCUCCCUCACACCAGGUUUCGAGAAGCUUUGCUGGACAUCAGCAAUCACGUGCACCAGGAAGUUAGUGAAUCUCUCUUGCAACUGGGUUACCCUGCUUUCACCAGCGAUAAAUCUGCUUCCCUCAAAGGCCAGAUAAGGAGCAUCGCAGAGGACGACAAUGCAGUGCGGAGCGUAAUUGAGCAGCGGAUCCAUUCAUUUCUCAGCCUUCAUCUGUCUCCUAGUGCCCAGAACUCUCACAGUCUCCCAAAAGGCCUUGCUCCAAUUCAGGAAGAACUGCUGGAAGUUAGCCACAGAUUUGGCAGUGUGAUUCAUCACAACAGGCAGGUGUAUGGACCCUACUACCUGGCAAUUCUAAAAAAGGUUGUUCUCCCAGGGGCAGAGCCAGGAAUAGAUUCUUUCUAACUCUUACAGAAAGCACCACAUGCACUGGGGCCAGAGGGGAGGAGGACUCAGCUAGUUUUCAGAAUCAUGCUUUGGCUUGUAAAGUCUGUUGCAGCCAACUAAACAGCUGUCCUGUUCUGUGCAGCAGCAUCCAAAGCACUUCUGCAGCUGGGCCACCAUAGGUGCUGGGGACAGUUACAUAAAUACCAACUGCCACUUCCCAAUUUGUCUGAAUAAACCUUUAAACUAAAAAAAAAUUGCCUUUUUUUUUUCCAUACCUGCUGUUAGUUGGUCUCAUUACUUUGAAUAAAUAUGGUAAGAUAGCCUAGAUGGAUUUCAUGUUGUAAUGCAUCCUGUGAAUUUGAACCCUGAUUUUUUUCUUGCCUUGCCAUUAACUGUGGG